GCAGAACAUCUCAGGAAAUCCAAUGUCUGAGGACGCGGCUACUUCAGAAGAGCUUGAGGACAGCUCCACUCAGUCCAGAAAAGGGUCCAGAUCAGAGUCCCUGGGAGAGCCCGGGCUUCCUGAAGAAACAUCAAGCUUGUUGAAUGAUGCCUCGAGUCUCAGUCCUGAACCAGAUCUUGGGAAGGAUACGCUUGAGUCAACAUCUUUCCCUAGCAGCAAGCCUCAGGAACAGGCAGAUCACAGCACAGGGCAUCAGGUGUCUGACACAAGCCCUGGAGAUGACAACCCCUGGUCGGUAACAGACAUGUCACCAAGCUCGUCAUUCUCAACAAGUGCAGACUCUCAGGUCUCCACUGACGUCCCACCUUGUGAAGUAGCUGGAGAAACUGGCUCACAAAUCCCUGGGGAAAAUCAGGAAGACCUUGACUUAGAGUUUGAUAACUUCACAGUUAAUCUUGAGGCAAAGGGUCUGCAAGAAUUCCCUAAGGACAUUUUAAAAAUCAAGUAUGUAAAAUAUCUGUAUUUAGAUAAGAAUCAAAUCAGAACUUGUCAAGGGCCAGACUCCGGUGAUCUGAGAGGUCUUGAAAUUCUAUCUUUGCAAGAAAAUGGAUUGUCAUCGCUUCCAUCUGAAAUUCACUUACUUCACAAUUUAAGGAUAUUAAACGUCAGUCACAACCAGAUAUCACAUAUACCUAAGGAAAUAUCACAGCUUGGAAAUAUUAGGCAGCUCUUGUUCAAUAAUAAUCACAUCGAGACUUUUCCUUCUGACCUAGACAGUCUUGCAAACUUGGAAAUACUAGAUUUUGGCAGAAAUAAGAUGAGACAAAUAUCAGACACCGUGUGUAAUCUGAAGAACUUGAAGAUUCUUAAUCUGGAGUGUAAUCAGCUAACAAUAUUUCCUAAAUCUCUCUGCUUCCUUCCAAACUUAAUUUCACUAAAUCUUGCUGGAAACCUGAUAGACAGUUUACCAAAAGAAAUCAGGGAACUUAAACAGCUAGAAAAGCUUUUUCUGGAUCACAAUAAACUUACCUUUUUGGCAGUGCAAAUUUUUCAGUUAAUCAAAAUAAAGGAACUCCAAUUGGCUGACAAUAAACUGGAACUUAUUUCACCCAAAAUUGAGAAUUUCAAGGAACUUAGGAUUCUGAUACUUGAUAAGAAUUUAUUGACAAGUAUACCAGAGAAAAUUUCUUCCUGUGGAAUGCUGGAAUACCUUAGUCUUAGUGACAACAGAUUAAAUGAACUUCCUAAGAGCAUCUAUAAGCUUAAAAAUUUAAGAAAACUCCAUGUAAACAAAAAUAAUAUCGUGAAAAUAGCUGAAGAUAUCUCACAUCUUAGUAACAUGUGCAGUCUGGAAUUUUCAGGAAAUAUAAUUACAGAUGUUCCCAUUGAAGUAAAAAACUGCAAAAAAAUAACUAGAGUUGAACUGGACUAUAAUAAAAUAAUGUAUUUUCCGGUAGGGCUGUGUGCUUUAGAGUCUCUUUAUUAUUUGAGUUUUAAUGGAAAUUAUAUUUCUGAAGUACCUGUGGAUAUAUCUUUCAGUAAACGACUGCUUCAUUUAGCACUUAAUCAAAACAAACUCCAUGUAUUUUCUGAGCAUUUAUGUUCUCUUAUUCAUCUUAGAUACUUAGAUCUUGGUAGAAACCAAAUAAGGAAAAUUUCACCAUCUAUAUACAGGAUGGUAUCACUCCAGGUACUUAUUUUAUACUCAAAUAAGUUUGAAACUUUUCCAAUUGAAUUGUGUACUUUGGAAAAUUUGCAAGUACUUGAUUUUUCAGAAAACCAAUUACAGAAAAUCCCUUCUGAGAUUUGUAAUUUAAAAGGAAUCCAGAAACUCAAUCUUUCCAGCAAUCAGUUCGUGCAUUUUCCCAUUGAACUAUGUCAACUUCAGUCCCUGGAAGAGCUGAAUAUAAGUCAGACAAAAGGAAGAAAGUUAACAAGAAUCCCUGAUGAGCUCCCUAAUAUGACUCAGCUUCUAAAACUUGAUAUCUCAAAUAAUGCAAUCAGAGAGAUUCCAAACAAUAUGGGGGGACUGAGAAGUUUGGUUAGCUUAUAUGCACAAAAUAAUCAAAUAAGCUACCUUCCACCAUCGUUUCUAUCUUUAAAUAAUCUCCAGCAACUAAACCUGAGUGGAAAUAAUCUAACAGCUCUACCUGCUGCUAUCUGCAAUCUUUCUUCACUGAAGGAGAUCAAUUUUGAUGAUAACCCUUUGCUGAGACCUCCGAUGGAAAUCUGUAAUGGAAAGCAGCUGCACACCAUUGCAUGCUACCUCCAGAGGGCAGAUGAGAGAGAUGAAAAAAUUUUAGAGAAGACAUUCAAGAUAGUUGCCAACAAUAUCACUGCAACGAAUUUUCUGUUUUUGUGUCAAAAAAUGAACCUGCCAAUCUCAGAAAUUGAUAUCUCUCACAAGAGCACUGUGCCAUUAAAUGAGAGAGUCUACCAGGCACUUGUUAAAUGGAAAAUGGAAAGUACCAACUCAUCACUAACAGCUGCUGCUGUAAAAGGCCAACUAGUCCGGGCGCUAACUAUGAUAGGGGCGUAUGAUAUUAUGGACAAAAUAACAGCACUAAACCUUUUCACACGGGCAAUUAAAUUCUAACUAGUUGAUCCAUAAUAAAAACUGAACACUGAUACA